AUGGCACUCAUAAGUGGAAGAUUGCUUGUGUCUAUCACCCUACUACUUAUUUUGACGAAUGUCAAGGGCUUUCCGCAGCAUUUUGCCGCGGUCGCGGCUGCCGCUUCAGAGAGAGGUCCUCGACACCAUUAUCAUGCCAAGGCGGCGCCCAUUUCGGAUCCGGAGGAGACGCCUGAACUGAGGAAAGGGCUUGAGGAGGCAGACGAAAACGAGCUUGUCCUCACGAAACUCUUCGCCAUUAACCGUCACGGACACCGCGCCCCAAAUGCGCCCUAUUGGGAUUUUUGUCCUAAAGAUCUAAAAAACCGGCGUAAGUACGAUGUGCAGUCGGAGGAUCUCACGGGGUUGGGCAUGAAGGAAGAGUAUGAAUUGGGACAAUACAUUCGGCGCAAGUAUGCCAGCUUCAUUGGCAACCGCUUUAACCGCACUUUGCACUUCUUCCGUGCGGUGGGGGAGCCUCGCAUCUUGCAGUCCUCUGUGGCCGUCGCGCAAGGGAUUUUCCCCGAUGGUUUUGGCCCUGGUGCUUUUCUUCCCAAUCGACCGCAGUUUGUCCCCGUCUUCUCCGACAUGGAUACACACGAGUACCUGUUAGAUGAUGUGCCUUGCUUUAGGCGUGCAGAGAGAGAUGUGGAGCAGUGGGUCAAUAAGAGCCUCGCACAGUUUGUUGCCGAUGAGAAUGUCGCAAAUGUGCUAAGCUACAUCAAACACGUCUGCGGGAAGCCCACGAAGGAACCGCCUUCAUUGUACGCGUACAUCAAAACUGUUGCAGAUGGCAUGAUAUUUAAUGCAGACUAUGGCAUGAAGGUCUGUGGCGGGCGAGUCGCGCCGGAUAUGCUCUUCCGAAUCCGCAAUGUAUCUAUGCAGCUCCUCCUGGCAAGACUUUAUAAUACAGAUGAGCAGCAAACGUACACGGCGGUGGAUUUGCCGCACCGUUUAAUUCGUAUGCUGGAGGAGAUUCAUCUACCGUCGGAGAAGCAGAUGAAUGACUUUGUACACACACGGCAGGAGUCCAUCUUUUACUUUCUUCACCGCGAGGGGCUCUACGCGUUUGCGGAAUUCUUUGGCUUUACAUACAACGUUCCCCACCUCCCGCGCAGCGAGCUGCCUGUCGCCUCCACACUUAUCAUCGAGAAGCUGCAACCGAAGAAGCUACUGCGCCUUGGCAAGAAGGGACCAGUCUACGUGAAGAUCAUCUUGAAGACGCCGUAUGACGGGACGAGCACUGUUGAGGUGCCGCAAUGUAAGGUGCCUCAGCUAUGCCAGGUCCACGAGUUGCGGCGCAUCUACGAUCAACGUGUUGCCCGCACAGGGAGUUGGGAAAAACUAUGUAACUACACCUACUCUGAGAUUGACCACAACACGGAUAUUCGCUAA